GAGUGCGCGCGUGGCUGGGGCGCCCGGGCUCCCCCAGCCGCCCCGGACCCUGGCCUCCAGGCCCCCCUCGUCGCCCCUGGGACCGGCUUCCCUGGAGGGGACCCGCUGGGAGCGGCCUACAAGCGAGAAAGCAAAAGUGUUUCCCUUAGAGAAGAGCUGAAGUAAUGAGAAGACACCAUGGAGGCCCAGUCCCACAGCUCUGCGACAACUGAGAAGAAGAAAGUGGAGAAUUCCAUUGUGAAAUGUCCCUCCCGAACAGAUGUCAGUGAGAAAGCGGUGGCCUCCAGCACAACUUCCAAUGAGGAUGAAAGUCCUGGACAGAUCUAUCACCGAGAGAGAAGAAACGCAAUCACAAUGCAGCCACAGAGUGUGCAGGGGCUCAGCAAAAUCAGCGAGGAGCCUUCGACGUCCAGCGACGAGAGGGCCUCUCUGAUCAAGAAGGAGGUCCAUGGGUCCCUCCCGCACCUGGCGGAGCCUUCCGUUCCUUACCGCGGGACCGUGUUUGCCAUGGACCCCAGGAACGGCUACAUGGAGCCUCACUACCACCCGCCUCAUCUAUUUCCUGCCUUCCAUCCUCCUGUCCCAAUUGAUGCCAGACAUCACGAAGGCCGUUACCAUUACGACCCAUCUCCGAUUCCUCCAUUGCAUGUGCCUUCUGCCUUAUCUAGUAGCCCAACAUAUUCGGACCUGCCCUUCAUUAGAAUCUCCCCCCACCGGAACCCUGCCGCAGCGUCUGAGUCUCCUUUCAGCCCUCCACAUCCCUACAUCAACCCUUACAUGGACUACAUCCGCUCCCUGCACAGCAGCCCAUCCCUUUCCAUGAUCUCAGCAGCCCGUGGAAUCAGCCCUACCGACGCUCCCCACGCUGGAGUCAGCCCCGCGGAGUACUAUCACCAGAUGGCCCUGCUGGCUGGACAGCGCAGCCCCUAUGCUGACAUCCUUCCAUCCGCCGCCACCAGUGCCGGGGCCAUUCACAUGGAGUACCUUCACGCCAUGGACAGCACCAGAUUCCCCAGCCCUAGGCUGUCAGCCAGGCCAAGCCGGAAACGUACACUGUCCAUAUCACCGCUGUCGGAUCAUAGCUUUGACCUUCAGACCAUGAUAAGGACUUCUCCCAACUCCUUGGUCACAAUUCUCAAUAAUUCUCGUAGCAGCUCUUCAGCGAGUGGAUCCUAUGGUCACUUAUCUGCAAGUGCAAUCAGCCCUGCCUUGAGCUUCACCUACCCAUCUGCACCUGUCUCUCUCCAUAUGCAUCAACAGAUCUUAAGCCGACAGCAAAGCUUAGGCUCGGCCUUCGGGCACAGCCCUCCGCUCAUCCACCCGGCCCCAACUUUUCCAACACAGAGGCCUAUUCCGGGGAUCCCCACAGUUCUGAACCCCGUCCAAGUCAGCUCUGGCCCUCCUGAGUCCUCACAGAACAAGCCCACAAGUGAGUCUGCAGUGAGCAGCACAGGCGACCCUAUGCACAACAAGCGAUCCAAGAUCAAGCCCGAUGAAGACCUCCCCAGCCCAGGGGCACGGGGGCAGCAGGAGCAGCCAGAAGGAACAACCCUGGUCAAGGAGGAAGGGGACAAAGAUGAAAGCAAACAGGAGCCUGAAGUCAUCUAUGAGACAAACUGCCACUGGGAAGGCUGCACCAGGGAGUUCGACACCCAGGAUCAGCUCGUGCACCAUAUCAAUAAUGACCAUAUCCACGGGGAGAAGAAGGAGUUUGUGUGCCGGUGGCUUGACUGCUCCAGGGAGCAGAAACCCUUCAAAGCCCAGUACAUGUUGGUGGUGCAUAUGAGGAGACAUACCGGCGAGAAGCCUCACAAAUGCACUUUUGAAGGUUGCACAAAAGCCUACUCGAGACUAGAAAACUUGAAAACACACUUGAGAUCUCACACUGGAGAGAAGCCGUACGUCUGUGAGCAUGAAGGCUGCAACAAGGCAUUCUCAAAUGCCUCUGAUCGUGCCAAGCACCAAAACAGAACACAUUCCAACGAGAAACCGUACGUGUGCAAAAUUCCAGGCUGCACAAAGCGUUACACGGAUCCCAGCUCCCUGCGGAAGCAUGUGAAGACUGUGCACGGCCCUGAGGCGCAUGUCACCAAGAAGCAGAGAGGGGACAUGCACCCUCGGCCCCCGCCCCCCAGAGAUUCCGGCAGCCAUUCCCAGUCCAGGUCCCCUGGUCGGCUGACGCAGGGAGCCCUCGGGGAGCAGAAAGACCUCAGCACCACUACCUCAAAGCGGGAAGAAUGCCUCCAGGUGAAGACUGUCAAAGCCGAGAAGCCCAUGACAUCUCAGCCAAGCCCUGGUGGUCAGUCUUCAUGCAGCAGCCAACAGUCCCCCAUCAGCAGCUAUUCCAACAGUGGGCUCGAGCUUCCUCUGACCGAUGGAGGUAGUGUUGCAGACCUCAGUGCCAUCGACGAAACCCCGAUCAUGGACUCGACCAUUUCCACUGCCACCACAGCCCUUGCUUUGCAAGCCAGGAGGAAUCCAGCAGGGACCAAAUGGAUGGAGCACAUCAAACUCGAAAGGUUGAAACAAGUGAAUGGAAUGCUUCCGCGACUGAACCCCAUUCUACCCCCUAAAGCCCCUGCGGUCUCUCCUCUCAUAGGAAGUGGCACACAGUCCGGUAACAACUGCAGUUCGGGUGGACCCGUGACUCUUCUCCCAAACAGAGGUGACUUCCCUGGGGUAGACCUCACCAUGCUGAACACACUCGCCCGAAGGGACAGCAACACCAGCACCAUCAGCUCUGCCUACCUGAGCAGCCGCCGCUCCUCGGGCAUCUCCCCAUGCUUCUCCAGCCGCAGGUCCAGUGAGGCAUCGCAAGCGGAGGGCCGGCCUCAGAAUGUGAGCGUGGCUGACUCCUAUGACCCCAUCUCCACCGAUGCCUCACGCAGGUCCAGCGAGGCCAGCCAGAGUGACGGGCUGCCCAGCCUGCUCAGCCUUACUCCUGCCCAACAGUACCGCCUCAAGGCCAAGUAUGCCGCGGCCACCGGAGGGCCACCGCCCACACCAUUGCCACACAUGGAGAAGCUCAGCCUGAAGACCAGAAUGGCCCUGCUCGGGGACAGCCGGGAGUCUGGGGUGACUUUGCCUCCCGUGCACCCUCCUCGGAGAUGCAGUGAUGGGGGAGCCCACACUUAUGGCCGGCGCCAUCUGCUCCCACAUGAUGCCCUGGGGAACAGUGUAAGGAGGGCCAGUGACCCAGUGAGGAUGGCCUCUGAGAGCCUGCCACCACCCAGGGCCCCACGCUUUAGCAGCCUCAACAGCUUCAGUCCUCCAUCUGCUGAAAAGCGGAACCUGGUGCUGCAGAAUUAUACUCGGCCUGAGGGCAACCAGCCGCGUCCCUUCCAUGUGUCCCCCUGUCCUCCCAGCAUCACGGAGAACAUCACGCUGGAGUCCCUGACCAUGGAUGCUGAUGCCAACUUGAAUGAUGAGGAUUUCUUGCCUGACGAUGUGGUGCAGUAUUUAAACUCCCAGAAUCAAGCAGGAUAUGGGCAGCACUUACAGAGUGCCAUCCCAGAGGACAGCAAAGGACCCCACGGGUCAGGUGACUUUGACCCAUCUGGGCUGCCAGACAGCCAUGCUGGCCAACCGUUCCGUUCCUUGGAGCAGCCAGGCAUGGAAGGCAGCAAAAGUGACCUGCCUAUUCAGUGGAAUGAAGUGAGCUCAGGAAGUGCAGACCUGCCCUCUUCCAAGCUAAAAGGCAGCCAGCGCUCCGUGGUACAGCAAGCUCGGGCCUUUGGACUGUACGGCGGCAUGGUGGUCCCCCCGCAGAACUCGUGGAGGGUUGGCCCGGGCCCAGGUGGGGGAUAUCAGGGCCUUGGGGAAAAUGGCAGUGCCUACAGUAGUGACCUGGAGCCCUUGGCCAUCCCUGCUGGCACCAGUGCCAGCCCCGGUGGAAAUGCCUUCCCUACAUACCCCUGUAAGGCCCAACAGUAUGUGAACUGUGUGGCCAGGCAACCUGUCCCUCCUGGGACACUAGACAGUACCUGCAGCGCUGGGAUUCAAGGGUCCAAGCUGAAGAGUGCCACUGUGCACGGGAAUGGGGGUCCUCUGGAUUUUGUCAUGCCGGUGGCACCAGGCGAAUCAGCUGGCAUCACAGUGAGUGGCAUGCAGACCCCAGAGCCUCUGGGACAGGGCUGCCUCCCUCACCAGCUCCUCGGGGACAGUGUGCAGCAGCACCAGGGGGCAGGCCGUGCCGGGCAGCAGGUGCUUGGGCAGGCCAGUGCUACCUCACACAUCAGUUCCUACCAAGGGCCAGAGGGCUGCCUGCCCGGGACCCACGGAGUCAGCUGCCAGCUGUCUGGCCUGGCAGGGGUCAGGGGCUACCAGUCCUGCGUCAGCUAUGGGGGCAUCCGGCGCCAGGCUAUGCCAAGGGCCAACCUCAUGCUUCAGCAAGGACAGCUCAGUGACACAAGUCAGACCUGCAGGGUGAACGGCAUCAAGACAGAGAUGCCUGGGCAGCCCAUGCAGCUCUGUGCCAAUGUGCAGAAUUACUCUGGUCAGUUCUAUGACCAAACUAUGGGCUUCAGUCCACAGGACACUAAAGCUGGCUCAUUCUCCAUGUCCAGUGCCAGUUGCCUGCUACAGGGGGCAGGCACAGAAAACUCUGAGUUACUAUCCCCAGGUGCUAACCAGGUGACGAGUACCGUCGACAGCCUCGACAGCCACGACCUUGAAGGGGUGCAGAUUGAUUUUGAUGCUAUCAUAGACGAUGGGGACCACGCCAGCCUGAUGUCAGGGGCCCUGAGCCCAAGCAUCAUUCAGAACCUUUCCCAUAGCUCCUCCCGCCUCACCACACCGAGAACCUCCCUCCCUUUCCCAGCCUUGUCUGUGAGCACCACCAACAUGGCGAUUGGGGACAUGAGCUCUUUGCUGACCUCCCUCGCAGAAGAAAGCAAAUUCCUUGCGGUCAUACAGUAGGCAUUAGGCAAGAAGGACUGCGAACAGAUGCAAAACCCUAGGAGUUGAAAGACUGAACUGACACCGUGUUGGCUGGUUGGGUUUGGUUUUUUGUUUUAUUUUAUUAUUAUUAUUUUUUUUUAGUUCUGUAUGUAUUUUAGUAAUGUCAUCUCACCGCACUGGGAUGUGUUUCAAGUAUAUUCCUUUUAUGGAAAAGGACUCUGAAAACCCCUAAGGUAUUCUAGGGAGAAACUGUCUUCCAUUUCAGUUUUGGAUCAGUAUUGUGACACUAAAACCACCCUCUUUUCUUUUUAACUGUAAGCCCACCCCUUUUAUAGUAAACCUAUGUAAAUGUGUGAUGUGCGGGUUCUUUCUUUUUAGAAGAGAAGUCAAAUUUGAAAGGGUUGUACAUGUUUCUCUGUUACGCCCAAGAACUAGGAGUUGGUGUGCUUGUGACCACAGGGUCAUUUGUCCAGACUCUUUGUAAUUCCCCUUUACAUAUGCUCAAUGUUUGGAGUGUGUGUGUGUAUGCAUGUGCGUGCGUGCGUGCGUGCGUGUGUGUGUGUGUGUGUGUGUGCAUGUUAAAUUCCCACAUUGAGCACAAGAAUCAGAAUGUGGAUAGUGAGUUUGAUCAUCAUUUCAGGGUGCAUAGACAGAUUUUAUGUGCUCCCAACCCCAGUGUAAUUCAGGUUAUGCUCUCCACAGGGCACACCAAUGGAUAGGUGGGGCGCUUGCAGGUGAGCCCCUCAGCUCCUGCUUUGUGCGCUUCCAUAAGUCUUUCGCUUCCUUAAGUGUGCUUUGGGCUCAUCUAUGUGGUCAGUUCUCAGCUAUCUCUCUUCCUUCUCUCUAGCUUGAUGAAUAUUCACUGCUGCUUAGCGCUGCAGUGAGACAGAACAGGCAGUUGGUGAUGCUGAGGCACAUCGCUCCUUCUUUCCGUUCUCCUAAAAAGUUGGAUAGGUGAUAGAUUGAAGCAAGAGGGUAGAAUUAGGUUGGAGGGUACUUGAGGGUUAGCUGUAUUGAUUAGUUUCAUCUCUUUCCCAUUGUCAUAGAUCACUAAGGAUUGAUUAUCUGUAGCUCUAUGUAUAUAGGCAUUUAAACAACCCCACAAUCGGCUAUACAUUAACAUUUAUUAACUCCACUACAGUGAAGGAGUCUGUCUAUUCAAAGUGUCUUAUUUUUUAAGAGAUUUUUAAAAACUUAGACCUAAAAGAAAAAGCACCUAUAUAUUGAUAUCAAGAAUAAAUCAGCUCAUCCAAUUUUAGCAUUUGACAAUAGGAAGGGAAGGAAGGAAGGAAGGAAGGAAGGAAGGA